GGCGUCCUUCGCCGUUUGGCGAUCCCGCAGUCUUGUCGCCCGACUCACUUUUCUCUGUUAGCAUCUCCCCCUCUUCAUUUGGGCGGGGUGCGACAUGUGGCCUUGGGUUGGGCUUUCGUCGUUCCGGGUUUAGGCUGGAAGAACGUGCAACAAGCGCUGGUGCUUGAUUCUGAUCGUCACCGUCAUUUUUCCAGCAGUUCUGGUCUCAGCAUCGUUGUCACACUCCUUUCUGUAUCGGGUGACAUCGAAUCAAGGGUUGUGAGAAUUCGUGUCAGUCUUUCAAGGGGAACUAAGGAUGGGUAAAGGUGGGGGCCGUGGGAAGUUCAAGAAGGGUCCGACGGGACGGAGGAGAUUUUCUACCCCGGAUGUAAUAGGGGGGUCGGCUUCCAGUGAGGGACAGGAGAGGAGGCGUCGACUUGGUGAAGAUGACCCCAAGGGGUAUGAGGAGGAGGAGGAUUCUGAGGAAACGGAGUCUGAUGAUGAAGAAGAAGAAGACGAGGGAAAAAAACAGAAGGGAGUCGGUGGGCUCAUAGAGGUGGCGAACCCGAACAGGGCUGCGGCCAGGAGCGUGAAGGCGAAGGAUGCAGACAUUGAGAAACCGGUGGAGAUGUCAAGAAGGGAGAGAGAGGAGUUGGACAAGCAGAAGGCAAAGGAAAGGUACUGGAAGCUGCACGAGCAGGGGAAGACGGAAGAGGCACGAAAAGAUCUGGAGAGGUUGGCAAUCAUUCGCCAGCAAAGAGAAGAGGCUGCUAGGAAGAGAGAGGAAGAGAAAGCUGCCCGCGAAGCAAAGAAACAAGAAACACGCAAGAAGUGAUGCUGGAGUGGGUCCAAUUUCGCUUUUGUGUUUUGACAUGUCGGUUCUGAAACAUGUCGGGAUGGGUAUGUGAGGGUGAGGGUGUGUGUGUGUGUGUGUGUGAGAGAGAGAGAGAGAGAGAGAGAGAGAGAGAGAGAGAGAGAGAGAGAGAGGAUUGUUACUGUGCUCUUCUCUUCAUGUAAGUCGUUUCUAAGGACAUUCAAGCAAUGUAUAGGGAAGUGAACAUACUCUGGUCAUGUAUUCAACAAAGAACAAAGGAGAGAAAUGAAUAAACAAGGUGGUGCGCUAUCUGUACCUACUUUCAUCUUCUUCUCACGCUCUCUCUGCAUUUGUUUUUCUUGUCCUGUUUUCCAUAUGCCCUCCUGCUUGCUAGUUGUGUGAUGAAGAUGUAAACAAAGAAGAAAUGGAGGAGGAGAAGCUCGUAAAACAACAAAGCGAAGAUGGUACUGCAACUUUCUUGGGAUGCUGGCCAGGUCUUGCCUAAAACAGAGGAAUGAGGGAUGGUGGCCAGGUCUUGGCUAAAGAAGGGCAUAAAAUUGGCAAAUAGAUUAAUUUCGAACAGGGGGGAGGGGGGUAUAUGUUCGAUAGGGAAGGAUGUGGGGGGGUGCGGUGUUGUAGAGGCAAUCUAGCAUUUCUUUCUAGGUAUGUGGAAAAGACUACUGGUGCAAGCUGCCGUGUAAGUCCUGCUCGAGUAGUUGGUAUUCUUAUACUUGUGGAGCAAAAUAGCAGGUAUAAUUGAUCCUCUUCUGUGAAUCAGUGUGGUGCUGUAGAUGCAAUUCAUCAUCUUUCUACGUGCGUGGAAAAGUUUUCUGCUGCAAGCUGCCACAUAAGCCCUGCUUGCUGCGACAUUCGAUCUACAUUGCAUUAGAGGAGUUGGUAUACUUGUUGAGCAAAAUAGGAGCUAUAAUUGAUAGUCUUCUGUGAAUCAGUGUGGUCUAUAAUUGAUAGUCUUCUCUGAAUCAGUGUGGUGUUGUAGAGGCAAUUCCUGAUCUUUCUAGGUGUGUGGAAAGUGUUUUCUGCUGCAAGCUGCCGCGCACGUCCUGCUUGAUGCGGCAUUCGGUCUACGGCUCACAAGGAGUUGGAAUUAUUGUUGAGCAACAUAUCCUGUAUUGAUCUUCUUCUGUGGAUGGGUAUGUUGAAAAGACUGCUGCUGCAAGCUGCCCCAAACUGCUGCGCAAGUCCUGCUGCCUGCUGGGACAUUCAUUCAGUGCAUGUUUCACUAGAGGAGUUGGCGUCAUUUUUGAGCAAAGUAUGAGCUAUAAUUCUUCUUCGUUUCUCACAAGCGGCUCUCGCACGUGAUAGUUUCCCAUCAUACGGCUCUGCGCCACGAAUCAUCGUUCGAUAAUGUUCUCAAUAAACUAGUAGGUUUAUAUAGGACCACGCCCGUCUCAGCACAUUGAAACUGUGGACCAAAUUGAUCUCUCACUUUCCACUGGCUAAUUGUGAACAUUAUAUUUGUGGGUGUGGCUCUGCAUGUUUUGCUAAUCGGCUGAUGAUUUGCUGUACCUUCCUCCCGCAUCUUUAUUAUUACAUUCGAGUCUUCAAGUUGUGCACCAAGAAUAGAAGUCGGACGCAUGGGAUAUGAAUGCUUUGACUGACCGUCUGCCAUACUCUU